GCCCUCUAGCGUUUCAAAAUAGUACAGAACAUUUGCGGUCUCUCAGAAUAGCGCCCUCUAGCAAAGCAUGAGCGAAGAACAUCUCUCAGAAUAGCGCCCGCUAGCGUUUGAAAAUGGUAAGACAUUUACUGUCUCUCAGAAUAGCGCCCUCCAGCGUUUGAAUUAGUACAGACAAAUAACAAUUCAAGAUGGCAGCCUCCAUGGAACGGAAUGUGAUGUGGUUCGGAGCGGAAAUAUUAAGCACGUUUUGACAGGUUUUCUGAAUACAAAUGUAAACUUGAAUAGUUAAACAUCGUUAAUUUAUUACUUUUGUUUUAAAUUUUGUUACUUUUGAGUGGAUAGAAAUGAAUUUUGAACCAGAAAUCGCACUUUUUCAAGCCAGUUUUUACUGCCCGGAAAUUGAAAAUGGCUUGGCAGAACAUGACGAAUACAUUACCACGGAGGCCGGGAAAAGACGGCGGGGGAAAGUCAACAUCACUGCAGUCUGCCACGCAGUGAGAGAGAUAAUUCAUGGUCUGGAGGGAGAACGCACAGAGGCUGAGAAAUGUCACUGGAACUUUAAACUCCACGCCAUUUUGUUUUGCAAGUUGCUCGAGAGAAGAAGAAAAAAAGAAGAAAAUGCGGCAGAGGAAAAGUCUUGGUCCGAGGAUUGCAACGAUUGCUUGCUUGAAUACUUUGAGGGAGUUUCAAGGGCGCUACCCAACGAUGUCGACCUGAGUCUGUAUCUUGAUGUGGCCAACACCUUCAAAUGGGGACAGCUUUGUGCCCAGGUACUCUGUUCUCUGGAUUAUAAAAUGGCAGCUGAACUUUUGGAAGAAAUUGUCGCAGAGUGUAUCAAAAUGAACUCCCUUAAUCUUCUUGUUUUCAUCCUGAUAAGCUCGCUCAUGCCAUCGCCUCGUGAUCGUGGAAACAGCUCAACUAGAAAGAGACCAGAAAUUGGCGACAAAAAUAUCCACAGUCAGACGAGGUUGAAGUCAACCAAUACUUCUGAAAGUCCAACAGCAUUUCACAGACACGUGAUAUCGUCCUGCGAACAGAUCUGUAAGCUCCAGUCCAAAAUUCAGAUCAAGAAUCUAAGAUUUCACGUCAUCCAAGCCUUGGCAGUCUGCCUGAACAAUUUGACUUCCGAACUCAAACUCAAGGAUGGAAACCACGACGUCAAGUUUCACUCGGACAAUUCAAACUACUGUGAAAGUAUUACAGCAGUUGCACAGAAACACAGGCAGAAUGAUCCAAACUUCUCCAGUGCAAUAUACAAACUACAUCUUCUUUGCUUGUCAGAUUCUCGAAACUGCACUGGUGUUUUUGAUCAGUGGGAUACAAUGUCGCAUGAGCCGCAGAGAAACUGUGACGAAGACGAUGCGCAGUCACUUGAGAAACGCGAACUCGCGUGUGUCGCAGUCACGAAGAUUGUAUACACUCUUCAUUGCCUGCUGACUGUUGAUUGGGAAGAUUUCUUUGUAGAUAAAUGCAAUACAAAUACCCCAGACCCUGAAGACUUCAGGUCAUUGCUAAAGGACAAAGAAGUGAACCAAGACGUUCUCCUUGCAUGUCUUGCCACAGAUGUCUGUAAUAUUCUGAACAGAGUUGCUCGAUAUUUUGGUCAAAAUUUGCAAUUGCCCGUUACGGAACAAACCCUCAAUGACAUUGAGUUGAUGAAGCGACAGUGCAGUGAGGUUGAAGCACAUUUGUCUCAGGUACUAGAUGAGGACGUGCUAUUGGCUGAGAAGUUAACUGUUGCUAUGGAGAUGGAUAGAGAGGCCAAUGAACAGAGAGAACACAUGUGGCUUUUGGAGGCCAUCAGAAGAGUGGACGAAAGACUGGAAGGAUACGAAGAUGAUCUCGGCCAGUUGCUGUCAGCCAGCAACCAGUGGGAGGAGGAUUCAUGGAUGGAAUGUCUGGAGCGGAACAUCACAGCUUUGGCUGUCCCAAGAUUCACGGAGCAACUGAUUGGCGUUGCCAUGGCAAUGGACGAAAGAAAACUUGCUAGCGAUGUCAUCCAAAGAGUUUUAAAGGUCCUUCUCGCUAGCUACUCGACCCUUCCCUUCCCCCUUCAGAACAAGCUCCGUGAUCGCCUGUGGAGCUAUCCCGCUGGAGUGUCGGUCUUCGCCAGGCACGACGCUGGUGGUUUUGAGCGCGAGUCCACCAGCGCGUUCAACAGGCUGGUCAGUCUGGCACGGGGCCAAGAAAACACAGAGGUUCUGACUGCCGUGUCCUGCCUGGCCUUGCAGUGUCCAGUCAAAACCCUCAGGUUAGGGGUCAGUCGAGCGGUGUCUAACGCCGCAGUGUGCCAAGCAGUGUGUCAGGUCUUGCAGGCUAUGCCCUCCCUGGCCACGUUCCAACAACGAGCAGAUAACUGGCCCCUGCUUUGUCACCUGAUCCAGGACGCCAUGGCAACACUGGCCACAACACCCAGCGAAGAGGCCAACCUCCUACAGCUGGUCACUGUGCUACUGCAGCCCUUCAAACCUUUUCUGGAUCCCCAAUGUCCAUUUUGGAUGCCCCCCGUCCUUCCUGCCGAAGCUUUUGCUCAACUCUGCAUCCUUCCGAACCUCCGUACCGACACAACAGCGACAGACAAUCGAAGCCAUCUCAUCAUGGUCUUGAAGUUCCUAAAAGAGGUUGUCAAUCUUCAAGAAACUCGGACACAGAUAAGCAACACGUCCGUCUUUGGGACGUCCGCGUUUCCCAUCAUGCUUUGCCUCUGCCAGCUCCUGGAUAGCGGUCGUGUGUUGUGGGGCGGCGUUGUCACGACGACACCGAAAGCCGAGGUCAAGGAAGCUGUGCAAGGCCUCCUGGGAAGGAUGGGGAGGAUCGCCAUGACGAUGCCUGGCGAUGCUGAAAGAGAACGUGGCAUAUCUUGGCUCAUCAACCGUGUCGCGUCAACGCUGCACUGGUCAACCACACUCACAUUACAGGAGUCACUACCAGAUUGCCUACAACACCAAAAGAGGCUCAUGCCAGAGAGUAUAAUCAACAUGUGCAGUUUGCCUGAUUCCGAGUGGUCUGCAACACCAUCCAACAAGAACCCACAGAAGGCAAUAUCUCUGUGUGACCAUAUGAUUGAGUUACUUCUCUGCUGUCGCGUAUCUGACAGAUUAGCCAACAUCUUGAGCGAGAGCAUUCUACUGCCAGAGGGAACAUCAAACGACAGUUUCUUGGAGGCGCUCACGUUGGCUCUUGUCCAAGUCCUGCCCCAGAGCAUCAUGGGGGAGUGGCAAUGCAUCAUGGGAAUGCUGGCGCAACUUUUGACCAGUGGAGUCCUCUGGAUUCCGUACAGCGCACGAUACGUGACGGAACUACCCAUGGUGAACAUCGGAGAUUUCAGAGUCCAUCUGGGCCAAUCCCAACUCCUGCUCUCUGUGAUGCAGGUCCUGAUGAGCCCCUGCUGCCAAGACUGGGCAACCCCGCCUCUGCUGCAUCAUGUGACCCGUUGCUAUGUUGGCACAAUGCAGCAACUUCUGUCCCAGAUCUCGACCUCUGACCUUUCGGAUCAACCGGGCUGCCUCUUUGUGAUUGGCCAGUUCUUCUGCCACGCUUGCGAUGUCCUUGGCUCCUUGCCAACGGACGAACUGAAGGAGCAGGUCUUCGUUCUGACUCUGGAAUAUUUAUCGCAGAUGGAGGAGAUCACGUGCUCAGAUUUUUCAAAGUUGCAACUGCGUUUCGAACGGACCAAUCAGAUUGAAGUUCUUGGAAUUCUGGCCAAUCAGAAAGUGGAUGGUGAUCAGAGGAGAACAUUGUUACAGAAGAUAAGUGGUCUCACACAAGGAAAUUGACCAUGAGAUGACCAAUCAAAGUGAAGGGCUACAAGUUUUGACCAAUCAGAGCAAAGGGCUGGAAGUUCUGACCAAUCAGAGUGAAGGGCUAGAACUUUCAACCAAUCACAAAUGAGCUGGUGUACAGAGAAUUGGAGCUGGACAUUGUAUGGACCAAUCAGAGAGAAGUCCAUGAACUUUUGACCAAUCAGAAAUUGUCUUGUGACAACUGAGGAUAAUCCUACAAAAAAUGAGCAUUGAAUGGACCAAUCAUAGAGUAGAGCACAAAUUUUUGACCAAUCAUGUGCCAGAACAAUCUUUAAUCAAAUCAAAUACUUGAUAUCCCUGAUAAAGUUGUAAUGUAGAACACAAAUCAUUUACCAAAAAUACAGAAACUUAUAUAAUGUGCUCUUAUUUAUUUCAACACACUGCAAAUUAAAUGUGAAGGUAUCUCUUUGCUUGAAAACUUGCAUUAAAAUGAUAUAGGUUUUAACAAAAAAGUAACAUUCUGGAAAGAGAACUUGUAUUUCAGUUUUGACAAAACCUGUAUUGAUGGAAACAAAAUGCACUGUACCAAUUGAAUACUGUCAGAAGAUUACGAAUAUAAAAUGUAUGAUUUUUUUUCUUCAAACGGAGAACAUUUUUUUAAAAUUUCAAUACAAUUAUUCAGUAUGUGA